UAUGUUAGUCACACUUGUCUUUUGAAGCACAAAAAUAUUGCAGUAAACUCAUCCCUACCAUUAACUGCAUUAAUCACCAAAACCCUCUCAGCUUAGAAAAGAAGUACUAGGAUGUCAAUCCAGGUUUCAGCAGUUCCUGCCUCAAUCCAAAAUAUUGCCACUCGUGACAAAUCGAAUCGCAGCUUGGCGGAUUAUCAUCCUACCAUUUGGGGUGUUCAUUUCCUAUCCUACGCUUCUGAUGAUCAUGACUCCAACAUGGAAGCAGAUAAUAACAUUAUGGAGCAACUCCAAGAAUCGAAGGAAGAGUUGAAGAGAAUGCUCAUGGCUCCUACUGAAACGCUUUCAGAAAAACUGGGCCUGAUUGAUGCAAUUCAGCGCUUAGGUGUUUCUUAUCAUUUUGAAAGUGAGAUUGACGAAAUUCUGCAGGAAGUGCACACGAACCCUCCUUGCUUUGAUAACAGCGAUAAGGACGAUGACCUUAACCUUUGCACUAUUGCUCUCUGGUUUCGAUUGCUUAGACAACAAGGUUAUAAUGUUUCAUGUGAUAUUUUCAACGAGUUCAAAGAUGAGAAAGGUGAUUUCAAGGCAUCCUUAAUUUCUGACGUGAAUGGCAUGCUGAGUUUGUACGAGGCUGCACAUCUUGGCUUACAUGGAGAAGAUAUUCUUGAUGAAGCCCUUGCUUUUACCACCACUCAUCUUGAGUCAGCUGUGAGUCAUGAUAUCAAGGCGGCCAGUAAUUUGCAAAAGAAAGUAACUCAUGCUCUGAACCGGCCCAUCCGUAAAGGAUUACCGAGAUUAGAGGGAAUCCAUUACAUCUCCAUCUACCAGGAGGAAGAUUCACAUAACAAAACUCUGCUGAAUUUUGCCAAGUUAGAUUUUAAUGUCGUACAAGCACAACACCAGAAAGAAGUAUGCAACAUUACAAAGUGGUGGAAAAACUUAGACUUUGCAACAAAGCUGCCUUAUGCGAGAGACCGAAUAGUAGAGUGCUGUUUUUGGAUCAUGGGAGUGUAUUUUGAACCUCAAUAUUCCCUUGCAAGAAGGAUUCUGAUAAAAGUAAUGGUCAUGACAUCCAUUAUUGAUGAUACCUACGAUGCCUUUGCAUCGUACGAAGAAGUCGAGCUAUUUACGGAAGCAAUCGAAAGAUGGGAUGUUAGCGCCAUAGAUCUACUUCCCGAGUAUAUGAAGCCAAUUUAUCGGGCAUUGUUAGAUAUUUACGAUGAAAUUGAGGCUGAGACUGCAAAAGAGGGAAGAUCAUUCUGUGUGCAUUAUGCAAAGGAAGCAAUGAAAAAAGUAGUCCAAGCCUACCAUGUGGAAGCCAAGUGGUGUCAUGAAAGCUUCGUUCCAACAAUGGAGGAGUACAUGCGUAUUGCCCUCGUAACUUCAGCUUAUUCAAUGCUAGCCACAACUUCCUUCGUUGGCAUGGGAAAUAUUGCAAACAGAGAGGUCUUUGAAUGGAUCUCCAAUGGCCCUAAAAUCGUUACAGCUUCAACAAUUAUUUGCAGGCUCAUGGACGACAUUGCCUCCCAUAAGUUUGAGCAAAAGAGAGAACAUGUUGCCUCAGCGGUUGAGUGCUACAUGAAACAGUAUGGUGUUUCAGCAGAGGAAGAGGUAUACGAACUGUUCCAAAAAGAAGUGUCCGAUGCAUGGAAAGAUAUCAAUCAAGGGUUCCUCAAGCCGACUGCUGUCCCGAUGCCAAUCUUGGAGCGAGUUCUCAAUUUUACUCGUGUAAUCGAUGUUAUUUACAAGGAGGAUGAUGGAUAUACCAACUCUCAUAUGCUGAAAGAUUACAUUACCUCUUUGCUCGUCAAUCCUCUUCUCAUCUGAUCACGAUCAAGAAUAUGGAUCUAAUUAAGUGGUCCUUCCAUGAUCAACUAAGUGAUAUUAAUACGUACGUACGUGUUUGAAUUCCCUAUGAUCUGUGUGCAUGUAAAAAAAAAGUGAAGAAAAAAGAGUAAUAUGCAGCUUGCUCCUGGCGCCUGUACACGUUAAAUAUUAAUGCUUGUUUGUAUUAUUUUUUUUUUUCUUGUAUCAUAUGCAGGUUGUUUGUAUUAUAUGCUUGUAUGCAAUGAAUAAAGGACCACAGUUAUUGC